ACAGACAGAGCCGUCCUCAGCGGCACAGACUAAACAUUAGCUGGCAGCACCAUCAAGCAAAGACCCUGACUAAGUCUCGGCUCGUUUUUCACACCAGUAUUAGCAGCAAAAGCGUUUUCCGUGGAAAGGAUUAUUUCACCAUUUUCCCCCAAAAAGGAGAGACAUAAACCCAAGUCAUUCAAGGUCCCCUGGGCUGUAAUUCUUCCUUUUUAUUGGUUUGACUGUCUCCUGGCAACACAGGGAGUCUCGAAUUUAAGAGAGAAUGUAAGUGGUGUCUUCUUUCUUGUCUUUCCAACAUUGUAGACUCGAUUUUUAUUCAUUUUUCUCCGUGUUUAAGUUUGAUUUCUGAACGUAGCCUGAAGGCAUCAUGUCGUUCGUCAGGAGCCCGACUUAAAACCGUCUAUUCCUAAAAAUCUUAUUUUAUUUCAACUGAGGAAAAUUAUAUUCACGCAUCCUGGAGGGGUAUCAAGAGGAAAAAACAGGUCCUAUCUGUUUCUAACCAUUCUUUAUCAGAGAGAGUAAUUGAACUAUUUGACUCCAAGACUUAGUUCUCUGUGGUGUUUUGUUUUGUCUUUAUCUGUUUGCAGAGUAAACUUUUAUAGUUUUUUGUUGUUCUGGGAGAAAAUGUCCUCUUCAAAGAUAGAAAGCCCACAUGGGAGUGUCUCGGGGGUCGUGAAUGUAACGAGCCCCGGCAUGACAUGAGGAUUUGAAGUUCCAGAGAUUACUUCAGUUUCCAAGUACAUUCCACAUGUCCCCUCAACAGAUAGUGAAAACCCUCCUUUUAUAAGGUUAAAAAACUAUAUCUGUUAUUUGUAUUUUAUCAUACCAGUUAGGACACCUCUCAUCAGGAUGGGAAUCAUUAGUAUUUUCCAUUACCAUCUAUUCUUUUAGUUGCAAACCACACAGCUUGUAGAUAUGCUAAGUUUGUUACAGAGAAAGCAGACAGAGUAGCAACACUGGCAACCUCUCCUUUAGGCAAAUCUUUGCUGUUGUUGGCUGCAGAUAAAUCCGCAAACAGUCAAAUAAGGUGAUGUGUGAAUUCAGGAACCUAUUUGUGUGAUAUAGUCGAUUUGCAGGAAGAAAAAAUUGUGCAAUUCAAAUACUAACACUACGGAUAAAUGUCUGUGGUAACUAUUAGUUUUAUUUGGUGACUUCCUCACUUAGGAACUGAUUAAAGUCAUGUUUUUUGGAGGUUAAACUUUUUCUGUUUUCCUUGAUUAGAGCUGGAUCCUGUACUUUCCCACUGAGCAAUAGACGGCUAUUAGAUGACUAGUUUUUUUAGACCUAAUUUCAACCGUCUGGAUUCUGUAUAUUUUUAGACAGAGUUUAGACGUUGCACUUUAAGCCAUUAUUCGAUAACUGUUUAUUUAAAAAGCAACUGUGAGUUGCAUAACUGAUCUCCAAGUACUGAACCAAAAUAAUUAUGAUAGCCGUUGAGCAAUAUACAGUGUAGAAUAGAUAUAGCCCAGAUUUAGACUUGGUCUAAACUUGGUCUAAAUCUAGACGUCUAAAAAACUUUCAUUUUUAGACCUGUGGGAGCCUGAUUUUAGACCAGUCGAAUAGACUACAUUUAGACACCUAUUAGACCUCUAUUAGACCAAAAAAUGCUCAGUGGGUUGAUUCUGACAGAUUUUCUCUGAUGCUCCCUGGCUGACCCUCUUGGGUUCCCAGUAAACCUCUCUGAAUGCUUACUCAUUCAAAGCCUUCCGAAAUGACAAUGAAACAUUUGACAUUUAGCUUUCUUACAGACAAAGAGUAUUAAAGUUGGACGGUCUUGGUCACAAUACUGAUCGGUAACCUUAUCUUUGUGUUCUCUCAGGAUGAACAACAGGGAUCGUUGGAGGGUGUACAAGAGGGUGAGCGUCAUGUUCUUGCUGGCCGUGUUGGCGCUGACUGUCGUCCAGAGAGGAAACAUCAACAUGGGAGCUCCCUUCGAACUCGAGAGGCAGGCUCGCAUGGAUGCAUCUGAGGGAGCAGAGCCUGGAGCUGCUCUGGAGGGGAAGACCGGCUCGUACCUGGGGAUAACAGGCUUCUGGAAGUCUGGCAAACAAAAGUCAGCGACAAAGUCUAGGACCACCACUCAGGGGCCGAGGAGCACUGAGGACAACAGCCUCAAAAUGUGGGAUGUAACCAGCACCAACUGCAGCGCCAAUCCCAACAUCUCGAGUCAGGAUUGGUUUAAGAGCCUGGAGCCAAAUUUCAAACAGUUCCUGCUGUAUCGACACUGCCGUUACUUUCCCAUGGUCCUCAACCAUCCAGAGAAGUGCAAAGGGGACGUAUAUCUGCUGAUGGUGAUAAAGUCUGUAGCAACCCAGCACGAUCGUAGGGAGGUGAUCCGAAAAACCUGGGGAAAAGAGCAGGUGGUUGACGGCAAGAGGAUAAAGACCCUUUUCCUUAUAGGUAAACCUUCCAAUGAAGCGGAGAGAGCGAACCAUCAGAAGUUAGUCGAGUUUGAAGACUACAUCUAUGGUGACAUCCUCCAGUGGGACUUCCUGGAUACUUUCUUCAACCUCACUCUCAAGGAGACUCACUUCCUGAAGUGGUUCAACACCUACUGCCCCCAUGUGCACUACGUUUUCAAGGGUGACGAUGAUGUCUUUGUCAGUGUAGAGAACAUCUUUGAGUUCCUAGAGAGCAGCAGCAAUGCAAAGGACCUCUUUGUUGGGGAUGUAAUUGUCAAGGCUGUUCCAAUCCGGAGAAAGGAAAACAAAUACUACAUCCCCCAUGCUCUGUAUAGUAAGCCAAACUACCCUCCAUAUGCAGGAGGAGGGGGUUUUCUGAUGGAUGGGGCGCUGGCGAAGAAGCUUUAUUGGGCUGCUGAUACCCUGGAGCUGUACCCCAUCGAUGAUGUCUUCUUGGGCAUGUGUCUAGAGGUGCUUCACGUCACUCCCAUAAAACACAACGCCUUUAAGACGUUUGGCUUGGUGAAAAAUAAGCAAAGUAAGCUGAACCGAGAACCUUGUUUCUUUAAGAGCAUGAUCGUGGUGCACAAGCUGCUACCAUCGGACCUUAUGCACAUGUGGAACCUGGUCAAUAGUGACCUGGUCUGCUCACAGAAAGUGGAGAUUCUAUAGCUUGAUGGGAGAACCAGGUAAGGACAUUGCAGUUGGACACUAGUCAAAGGCAAGCUUCCCGAUAAACUCUUCUUUAUGUGGAGAGGGAAUAUGGACAAUAAUUUUACUGUUCCCUUUUGUUGUAGUUGUAAGUUUUUCUACAAGUUAAGGGAUUUAUAGUUUUUUCAAAGGCUUUUUUAGAAACGGGUAUUGAUAUUUGCAUUUGAAGGAUUCACACUUUCAAUACGCAGAUUGAGGACCAACUACCAAAGCUGAGCUGCUGCGUCAGUGUAUGCAAUAUUGCAUACAACUCAAUUCUGGGCCAUGGUGCAAAGAAUGUUAGCAUUAGCCCCCCUGACUUUAUUACAAACACUUUUAUUUGGGUCGACAUAAUUGAACUUUGUCAUUGGUCAGGAACCUGCUUGAGAAUAACUAUUCAUGUAAAAACCCUUGAAAAAUUUAGAGAUAAAUUUAUUUUCAGGACAAUUGUCAAAUUAUGUCUGUUUAAUUCUCCAUGAAGCUCCCUCAAAAAUAAUGUUUAGUCUAGAUACAUGAGAGGUCAUUAGGGUGAUUCCCCUUUUAUAAAUAGUCAUUCUAUAUACUGAACAACCUAUAGUUAGUUUAGCAGUCUGGGUUCGUACUUAGUGUUCCAUGUUGCCUUCACUUGGACCAGUAUGUCAUCCUGCAGCGGUUGCAAAUAGCAAGUAAGAGAGAGAAACAACUGCCUCUACCUCAGUGAUUGGGUCUGAUCAUUUGUUUGUAUUUCGACUUGUCUACUGAAUCUCUAACCAUAUCAUAGUCACCAUGUUGUACAUGUUUCUAAAGUGAGAGUUCAAUCACUUUUAAUGUUGAAGAGGUCCUUGCACUCAUUUUUUUUUUUGAAUGUCAUUGACUUGACCUGGACGUCUACUUCUCCUGUACUACUAAAACCACCUGUUGCUUGUAUGCUGUUUGAAUGUGCUGAUAUACUUGACAUGAAUAGGGGUAGAGGGUCAACACUGACACUGUGAACUAAAACUAUGGCUGGUACGAGUACCUGAUGUUUAAUUUAAGAGACCCUAAAGGAAAGGGGCCAAUUGUGGGGUCUUUAUAUUUAAGUUAAAGCAUAAGAAGAGGAUAUUGACGAUUAUAAAGGUGAAUGUUCGUGGGUUUAGUGGGUGAUGGUUAUGUUAAUAUGCUGUAUAUAACUGUAAAAUAAUAUGUAUAUAUGUUAUUUGUAAAUAAACAUCUUGAAAAUACAUUUGUCUAUGAAAAUCUG